CAGGGAUCCCUGUCCGUGUGUUGUCCUUCCGACCUGGACCUAGGUAACGCUACUGGCAGAACUGUGCGUCUCCACCUGAUGUGGUGCCCCCCCCCGGCUGCAGCAUGAACCCGACGCCGUGUGGGUCCGUGCUCCGGCUCUGUGCCGCCGGCGCCUUGAGGUCGACCACCGCCGCUCGUCUCCCACGAGUCUCCGCCUCCCCCCCGCCGCCGCCGCCCUGCAGACGCUCUUACUGCAGCGACAUCAAAGUGCGCUCUUAUCUUCAAUACAUCAAACGCAAGAUCAUCCCCCCCCCCUGCCCUCCGUACGCCCACGUGUGCCAGGUGGGCGACCCGGUGCUGAGGUCACGGGCCGCGGCCGUGGACCCUGCAGCCGUCACGCAGCCGGAGAUCCAGAAGGUCAUCGGCUCUCUGGUGAAGGUCAUGCGUAAGCUGGAGUGCGUGGGCCUCAGUGCGCCUCAGGUGGGGGUCCCGCUCCGGAUCCUGGCGCUGGAGUACCCCAAGUGGAUGUUGGUGGAGAGCUCUGCGGCGUCCAGGGAGGCCCGGGGUCUCUCCGCCCAGCCGCUCAGGGUCUUCGUGAACCCUCAGCUGAGAGUUCUGGACUCACGCACGGUUCUGUUUCAGGAAGCGUGCGAGAGCAUCUCAGGGUUCUCCGCCACGGUUCCUCGCUUCCUGUCGGUGGAAGUGUCGGGUCUGAAUGAGAAGGGUCAGGAGGUCACGUGGACGGCGAGCGGCUGGCCGGCUCGGAUCCUCCAGCACGAGAUGGACCACCUGGACGGCGUCCUCUACACCGACCGCAUGGACAGCAAGUCCUUCAUCAACAUCAACUGGCAGAAGCACAACGAGUAGAAAACAAUCCACAGACCUCAGUCCUCCGUGGAACCGGUGAUGCAGCUGGGAAGUGAAGUUAACCUCUAAGGUUCUGGUUAGAAUCAGAGCCGAGUGCCUGGAUCCUGGAGAACUGGGUCACUGCACUGGGAGAACAAUCAAUGCUCUGUUCACCUGCAACGUGACACUUCACCACUAGGGGUCACUGCACUGAAGCUAAAGGGAGGAAAGUAAAACAUUGAUGUCCCGUUAAAGUACAAACCAGGAGUUCUGUGGAUAAAUAAAAACGCUGAAAUGUUCCUGACAACUCGAGUGAAUCACUUGUAAACAAACUCUUGUAAAUAAAAUGUUAUCAUUAAAAAUAAAGAAGAAUCUAUAGAAGCUUGUCGAUCUAUAUUUGCAGUUUCAGAGUUAUUGAGAAAUGGACGAAUCUAUGUGAAGCUAAUGGAACAUGACUGGACGUGAUCCUGAAACUAAUGUUUGUUCUUUAGAGAGUUUUGUCACGAGG